UCCCCCUCAGCAUGAAGUGCUCGACUCUCCUCAUACUCGGGCUGCUGCUCUGUGCGGCUCUGCUCAGCGCCGCCCAGAAGCAGUCCGGCAAGACCAAGACCAAGAAGGUGAAGAACAAGCAGAAGGCACCCAUCGAUCGGCAGGAGGAACUCGUGCUGCCCAAGGCGGAGAACUGCAAGGCUGUCAGCUGCAAGCUGCCCGAAUGCCGCUGCUCGGACACCGUUCUGCCGCGCACCAAGUUCCAGGGCAAAGAGAGGGAGAUCCCACAGUUCGUGACAAUCACCUUUGAUGAUGCCGUGAAUGCGGUGAACUAUGCCCAGUACGAGCUGCUGUUCAGCGGGCUGACCAAUCCCGAUGGCUGCACGGCCAGCGGCACCUUCUUCCUGUCGCACGAGUACACGGACUAUGUCCGCGUGAAUGCCUUAUACAGGGCGGGCCACGAGAUUGCCCUGCACUCGGUGACCCACGGAGACGGCACGGACUACUGGCGCGCCGCGGAUGUGGCCACCAUUGAGCGGGAGUUUGGGGAUCAGCUGCAGAUGCUGCAGGCCUUUGCCAAGGUGGAUCCGCAGAGUGUGCAGGGCAUGCGUCUGCCCUUCCUGCAGAUAUCGGGGAACAACAGCUUCGCGGCUGCCAAGCGGCUGGGCCUCAGCUACGACAGCUCCUGGCCCACGCAGCAGUUCAAGGAUCCUGCCAUGUGGCCCUACACCCUGGACUAUCUGUCCAAGCAGGACUGCCAGAUUGGACCCUGUCCGGAUGCUGCCAUUCCCGGCUUUUGGGUCAAUCCCAUGGUGACGUGGACCGACACCGAGGGCUACAGCUGCUCCAUGAUCGAUGCCUGCGUCUACCCGCCCGAGGACAAGGUCGAUGCACUGUUCGACUGGAUGCUGGAGAACUUCAAUCGCCACUACGAGGGCAAUCGUGCCCCAUUCGGCAUGUAUCUGCAUGCGGCCUGGUUCUCACGUGGCCGCAACUACUUUGCCGCCUUCAAGAAAUUCAUUUACCACCUGAACACCUAUCCGGAUGUCUAUCUGACUGGCAUUUCGCGCAUGUUGGAGUACGUGAAGAAGCCCGUGCUGGGGGCCCCGUUUAAGGGCUGCCCCGCCAUGCCGGCGGCUGCCUGCCAUGCGGUCCAGUGUCAUGUCCAGAAGCUGUCCACCGGCGAGGAGCGCUACAUGAAUGUCUGCGACAAGUGCCCGGCUGUCUAUCCCUGGCUGGGCAAUCCUUUGGGGCAGCAGCGGCUGUAGGGCAACUCCCCCCCAAUAAAGUGCACAAAAUAAUGAA